AUGUUGGCGAGAGAUCUGGCUGCCAUCACAUACAAGCGAAGAACGUACUCCAAUCCAUUCCUCGGUGAAGACGGACAACAAUCAGGGAAAUUCUCUCUGGUUUCUGCGAACAGUUCUCAACUGUAUCUUACUUGUUUACCUGAGACCACAGAGCUCCGCGCAAAUGGUCAAGAUGUUGCGGUAAUCCCAGUCGAGCUUACAGACAAAUCUGGUACUCGCCGCGUGUUGCAAGACCGGGAAGUAUCUGUGGCAGUGACUGGCAAGCGUGAUGCAGGAACCUUGGCAGGUUUUGGCACCGCUGAGGCCAGUACAUACGCCAAUUUCACGGAUACAACAGUCAAGUCUUAUUACGGGAGAGCCAUGGCUGUUGUACGAGCUGGUCUGCAGGAGGGCCAAUUGUCGGUCACUUUCUCUGCGCCUGGAUGCGAGCCUGUCACAUGUGUUAUAAAUGUUACAUAA